AAUAAACCAAUCAAAUGAAGGCUCCAAAUCUGUCAUCAGUUAUUAAGUAUAAUUAUAAUAUACAUCUCAAGAAAGAAUGGACAAAAGAAAGGAAGAGAAGUCUCACUCCUAUCACUCUUUAAAGUUUGGGUUUGUGUCAUUGUAAAUGCUCUUGUUAUGCGCCGAUUUACAUUUUUCUCUGUUUGUGGAAUAAAGCAGGCAGGUCAGCCGACCCAAUAUAUGAGCGGGGCAGAGCAGGAUUCUCGCUAUGACCACCAGCGCAAUACCGCUCUUUGUCAUGAGCCGUAGUUUCAGCGUAAACUUAGUAAAGGCAAGCUUCUUUUGCGAUGAUGUGUACAGUGUUAGAGGUUACAUUUAGCAGACAUUUGAACACGCAGUGAAUGGAACACAUCGAGAUUCGGGCACCUUUUCUGAAAACACUUGAUUUAUCUCGGCUGUCAGAUCAACAUUCACCACAUGAUCGCUGUCAUCUGCGCCAUUAUUUGUAACUUUAGGUGAGGUUUGCAAACCUGUGUACUUUUCACUCUUCAGCCGUUUGCAUUUCCCGCUGUCACAAAAGCUCCCUGUCAUCUGACAGCGGAAAGCCUUGAGUGAUUGACAGCUAACAUAAACUAAUAUAGCGAUUUAGCUCGUUUUUUAUAAAAAAAAUCAAAACAGGUCACACUACAACCACCAUAUGCAGUCGCACAAAAUGCUCCCAAAUAUAUUAUGAGGUCGCAAACCAGUUUGUUUCAGCGCACACGCAAUCGAAGCCCACCUCACAUGAUAUCGCUCAGGUCCUACUCUCAACAUAUAAAUACAUCCACACAAACUUUAGAAUAAAGGCCUGCACUUAACACAAAUUGAAAAUUAGUAUUUAAAAAAUUGGGCCCGAAAAUUUAAUACCUCGUCAGAUGAAGUUUAUUACUUUUAAUAGUUUUUAAUACCCUUAAUUUUGGCUAAUUUCAUUUACUACCUUUUACAACCCUGCGGACACCCUGACUAGAGUAGGCUAGGACAAGUUUUCUGUACAGCAUGAUGGUUAACCAUGAUUUCUCCUGAUUCUGGCUCUAUAAAAAAGUCCAAGCAAAGAACUGUCUGACAUUGAGACCCUGAUGACCGGACUUAGUUCAUCGCUAGAUUCACUCAAAUCCAACAUGAGGAAAACCAACAAAAUCUGGAGUCUCAGCAGAAUGUGUCGUACACUGAAGUGAAGAAACAGAUGGACACUCUGAGCGCUUCAGUGUCAUCAAUUAUGUCUAAACUGACAGCAGAUAGUAGGAGGACAUCUCUUAUGUUUCUACAGUCUAUUUCACACAACCAGCGUAUCUUGGAUGAACUGUCAAGCUCAAUGGAGAACCUGAAGAAUUUAAUGAUGGAAAUGCGGUCAUCUGUUCGAUCUCUUACUUACAGAAUUUCCAUAACCAAAUUACUUGAACCAGGCUGCAGUGACUCUGCUUGGGUUAUUUUCAGCAAUAGCUGUUACCUCUUCUCUAGUGAUGAAAUGAGCUGGACAGAAGCAAAAGAUUACUGCGAAGAGAAAGGCGCAUGGCUCUUAAAAAUGGAAGAUGAGGAUCAUUGGCAAUUUAUUACUGUUUUCACCCAACCAUUUCCUUACUGGAUCGGCCUAACAGAUCAGAACACAGGCCAGUGGAGAUGGAUGGAUGGAACGAAUUACACCUUGAAUAAAGAACACUGGAGACCUGGACAGCCGGAUGACUGGACUGAACAUGGCUUAGGAGAGGAAGGAGAGGACUGUGCGCAUAUCACAUAUGAAGGGCUCCUCAAUGACGCCCACUGCUCCAUCAAAAUGAAGUUUAUUUGUGAAAUGAAAAAAUAAGAUAGGAAACCAGCAUUCAAGUGUGGUCAAAACUCAGAAUACAGAACUCAUUCAUUCACUCAUUUUCUUUUCGGCUUAGUCCCUUUAUUAAUCUGAGGUUGCCACAGUGGAAUGAACCGCCAACUUAUCCAGCAUAUGUUUUACACAGCGGAUGCCCUUCCAGCUGCAACCCAUCACUAGGAAACAUCCUUACAUUCUCAUUCACACACAUACACUAUGGACAAGUGUGGACACUCGAACCAGCGACCUUCUUGCUGUGAGGCGAUUGUGCUGCGCCACCACGUCAUGAGUUUACAGAAUUGUAAAGAAAAAAAAAACAGUUAACAGAAUUAGUUUUGUUUUGAGGUAUUGAGGUUUUGAAGGGCACUUUGUCAAAAAAAAACAUUUCUUUAAGCAUGUAAAUUACAAAUGAAAUGAAUCAUGAUGUACUAAAUUAGUAUAUCUUUCUGUUAACCAUUUUCACUCUGUCUUAAACAUGUAAUAGGCAACAAAAUAACAAGAAUCACACUGAUAAACUAAUAAAAAAAGCAUACUUCUUUUGCCAUGUUGCACAAUGUGCUGGAUUAAAAUACUUUAUCAUCUUAUUAAGGUUGUAACAAAGAAGUCAUAGUUCGCUACCUUGGUUUUGGGGUUAUGGUUCAAUAGUACUUCAAUACAACAGUAAUCCCCA